CGGGAACCCCAGGGAGGCUGGUGAGGUUAGGGGAGGACCCCUGGCCAGAGGCAGCAUCUUUUCACUUGUCACCCAUGGUAGCUAUUAAGAGGUUUGGGUUUCUGUUCUCCCCCAUCAACUGGGAUCCAAGACAAACAAGUCUGCCUCUGCAGGAGUGCCGCCUGGCAGAGAGCUGGCUCCCAUCAGAUGUGACUGCUUGGUACCUCAGAGAGAGAUCCCACUGGGCCAUGUUUACUUUCAAUAUCCUUGGGCCAGGACACUGACUUCUAAAGGAUGAACUGUGACCUCACCCUGUCCGAGGGCACUGGUGCCCAGCCCUCAAUCCUGGGCUCAACCCUGCCUCAGGAAGAAGUGUUCUUCGGGGUCAGAAGGCCGGAGCCUGAGGUGUAUCUGUCUGCCUGGGGGAAAGGCUGUCCUUGGGGGAGUGGGGAGCAAGGUCCCACUGUCAACUAGAUCUCUAUUGAUACACAACCUUCAAAAAGCAACAGGGCAGAAGUGUGAUGACCUAGCCCAGGCUCCCUGCCCCGGUUUAAGAUCUAGGCUCCCGUUUACAGUUGGCUGAGCGAUGACCAUUGUAUGUGGAUGUCUCCGUACCUAGUUUCCUAAAGCUACCUCUACCCAGAUGUUCAGGAAAGCUGGAAGUGCCAUAUCUUCCCCUUCAAGAGGGGUGCUCCCAAGAACGAAGGCCUGUCUCCACAGCACCUGAAUUGACACCUGGCUUGAAGAAGACUCUGCAAGAUUUUGUUUGUUGCACAUCUUCCAGAUCCAAGAAAGCCUGUCGUGUCUGCUCCUCUGUACGUAUAAAGCAGGGACAGACUGUCUCCAAAUGGCCUGUGGACUAUCAGGUUCUACCCUGUAAGCUGGAUCUAUGGAGAGGCCCCUCACAGUCCUGCAGGUGAGCCUGUACCACCCUACACAGGGCCCGCUCGCCUUUGCCCAAGUCCCACUGCAGCUGCAACAUGAUGUCAACCGGCUGCUGGUCGGGCGAGGGCAGGACACUCACCUCCAGCUGCAGCUACCACAGCUGUCUCGCCAUCAUUUGUCCCUGGAGCCCUACCUGGAGAAAGGCAGCAGUCUGCUGGCCUUCUGCCUCAAGGUGCUGACCCGGAAGAGUUGUGUGUGGGUCAACGGGCUGCCACUGAGGUACCUGGAGCAGGUUCCCCUGCACACCGUCAACAGAAUCUCCUUCUCUGGCAUCCAGAUGCUAGUCCGCAAAGAGGGGGGCGCCUCCCUUGAGGCCUUUGUCUGCUACUUCCAUCUCAGCCCUUCACCCCUGAUUUACAGACCCAAAGCUCAGGAGACAGAUGAACGAAUGGGAAAACAUUGUUAAGAGACUCCCCUGUUUUGGGGGAGGCAACUCGUGAAUUCCUGAGGUCUCUCCACGGCCCCUCUCAGUCUCAGACAGCUACUUCGCUGCCAAGCCGGGGAGAAGCAAUAGAAACAAAGUUGCAGAAGAAGCUUCCAGACAAUGGAUACUACCAGCCCUGCUGCUGAGAGCAAGCAGUAGGAAAACAGGGUUUGACAUAGUUCGUCCUGCAAGGCUGACACACAGUUCACAUGUAAAGCCUGCUGGCCGCCAUGUUCACAGGGAACUGAUUCAGUAGGCUUUGAGCAGCCUAGAGGUGGAGAAGUGCCUUCCAUGGCUCUGGGUAAUGGGAACUUCAUAUACUUUUAGAGGCCCUGAGGGAUUCUGGGAGCCUCUCCCAGUAUUCUGUGCACCCCCUCCCCAUUUCCUCCCUUGUCUGGCUAGGAGUUACUUUACAUCCCUCAUCUCCCACACUGCCUCAGGGCAGGAGCAUGGGGUUGCGGCAGGAAUGCAAGGACACGGAGAGAAAUUAUGUUUGUGGUAGCUUGGGGUUACCUUCAGCUUUCAAAUACCCACAGGCGCUCAGGGCUUAGGAGAGCCUGUGUUUAAUAAACUAAAAGUAUUUCAUUA